AUGAGUAUUCGGUUGCUGGAACUACCAGUCGAAGUCCAGAGUAAAAUCCUCCUUAAACUGCCCAUCGAAACCUUGCGCCCCCUGCGAGUCGUAUCUCAACAUUUCGAAGAGCUGAUUUCCCUACACCCCGACUACAAGCUGAUCCGCUUUGGCAUUUUGUACGUUGCGAAAACGAUACGCAAGGCCCUAAACUCUUGCCGGAGUAGAGGAAUCAGUUCAACCGAGCUGGCGAGCAUUUUUGAUGCCGGCUAUAAGCUUCACGCGGAUUCGCUUGUCGUUGACUACCCAGCCCCCGAGGCAAGACUGAACGAGCUGAUCAACCUCGGCAAUCAGGGUCUGAUCACGACCAACAAGUUGACGGUAUACAAGACAAGGAACGCGAUCGGCACGUUGGAGUACGAGUUGCCGAGGGCUCUGAAAGCUAAAUUCUUUAUGCUUCGGCUGCCCGGUGGUCCCACACCUGGAAUACGGUAUCUCAAAGCGGCGCCGGAAUCGAAGUGGGGCCGAAAAUGCGAGCUGCAGUUUGUGGACAGCACCGAGCGUAUUAUAUCAAGAACCAAAGCUGUGGAUCCGAAUGCUGCUGAAAUUGCCGCGAAAAAUUGGACGCGCCUAGAGGAAGAAUACCUGGGGCACAUUGCCAACUUUUGCUUCUCAAAACAAGACUUUAUGGCGGCCGUGCGGACACCAUGGGCUCCAUUGCACACCUAUACACUCCAGCAUGUUUGGAUGUACGGCCUCUUCCAAAUCAUCAUCGAGGAGCUGCGAAGUCAUCUUCGCCUCAAACCACAACCCCCAAAUUUCGAUGGUCGUGAAGGUCAGGGGCCCGGCUAUAGAAAAGUGAAGCCGUCGAUAAUGCGAGAAUUCCGUGAACUACGCCAUCUGUACGUCGAAGACCAGAAUAAGCUCUUUUGGCCGGAAGAGAUAGGAAGAGCGGUGUAUGUACUCGACGCCAGGCUACCACAAGUGCGUCAACUAAUCGAACUGGCCAUCGCCCUCCACCCAGUCCGCGAAUCAAUUGACAAAGACUUCCGGCCGACGUGGGAUCUAGAGGAGAAGAUCCGAAAGGCGCUAAAGGAAUCCGCGAACGAAUCCCUGGCCGGUGGUUUUCAUCAUGACUACCAAUUCGAGGAGUACGACUACGAGGGGUCUGGAUGGGUUGGGGGUGGGGCU